AUGACUGCUAAUGACGCAAUGAAAUCAGACUCCCUAAUUCAAGGUCAGUGUUAUGUCAAAUCUCGACUCUUAACUGUACUGUAUGACUCUGGUGCAUCACAUUCAUUUAUUUCUGAGACUGUUGCGCAUGAGUUGGGAUUAAAUUUCACCUUGUUAGAUUAUAAUCUAAUUGUUCGUACACCCACAUCUCAAAAUGCCUUGACUAGUCAAGUAUAUCAACAGGUGCCUUUUGUUAUUGAGGCUAGGACUUUUAUACAUGACCUGGUUUGUUUGCCUUUGUGUGGUUUAGAUAUUAUCUUAGGUCUACAUUGGUUGUCCAAGCAUCAUGUUUUCCUUGAUUGUUUUAAACGAAUUGCUACAUUUCCAUCAUCUGAAAUGCACACUGAACCAGUUGAGUCUUGUACUUUCUAUUUGAAUUCCCUAAGAGUUAUUUCUAGUAAUAGUGGGUUAGAGGGUUACGUUCUACUAUCGGCUAGCUCAGAAACUAAUGAACAAGACUUGGAGCAAAUCCGAGUGGUGAAGGAGUUCCCUGAUGUUUUUUCGGAUGAGAUACCUGAGUUUCCACCUCAGAGAGAGAUAGAGUUUAGUAUUAAUCUGGUUCCUGGAGCCGGACCAAUUUCUAUAGCACCGUAUCGGAUGUCACCAUUGGAAUUAGCAGAGUUAAAGAAGCAGUUGAAUGAAUUACUGGGAAAGAAGUUUAUUCGUCCGAGUGUAUCACCAUGGGGAGCUCCAGUGUUACUAGAGAAGAAGGAUGGUGGAAUGAGGUUAUGCGUGGAUUAUCGGUAA